AUAAACAAAAGACUCGAAAGAAUUGGCCAGCACCAAAAAGCGGUCAGCCAUCAGAAUAACGCAUCACGGGGCAUGUAGCCUGGCACCGGUAGGACGGGUCAAAAUAUUCUACAGAUCAACUCAAAAUACUGGACCACUGCAUUCAACCAUCCUUCCCGAACUGACGUGCUACAAAGCGUAAGUGUAACUGCAAAGCUACUAGCCACAGUAUUGCGAAAUUCGUUAGAGAUAGUUCUUCGUUUAGGUUCAAGCUUCAACUGUGUUCUCCAAGAGCCGGCAGAUAGUAGCAGCCAUGCAGAAAGUAAAGAUGUUCGUAUCGCGCAACCUGGUGGCGAUCGUGAUGAUUCCGUCGCUGAUCGGUCUUCAUUGGGCGUGGGAUUCGCUGCAGCACAACAGAGCACUCGUCUCCGACCAAGAGCGUAAAGAUCUACCGGUUGUGAUAGCAGCUAAAGCGAUGUGGCAAAGUGUUACGAAUAAAACCGAACCGAACAAACAACAGGACAAACCGCAGUAAAAAAAAACGCGACGCUAAUCUGGAAGAUACGGAGCAGUUGUUUGGUUAAUUAAAUCGUUUUCGUUCUCGUAUAAUGCAAUAUAAUGCCUUCACUG